AUGGCGGCCAUUACGCAGACCAUCGCAAUUGUGGACAGAUCCAACAAGAUUGUCAGUACAAGUAAACAAUUGAAAAAUGUCUUCAAGGAGGCAAAGAUGGCAUACCUGGAGCGAAAGGCAGAGAUUGUGGCAGAGCGGAGAGCCAACGAAGAGAGAGAACUGCGGAAGGCCAUGAAGGCAGUGACGAUUGCCGAAGACGCACGGUCGGACGCUUCUCGACGUUCCCGGCGGCACCACAGUCACAGGAAAGAAUAUGACCGUGCUCAAGAGCAUCAUUAUUCAUCCGAAUCCCAGGGAAGAAAGAGCCUCGCCCAGGGAUCUGCUACACGGACAAAAGUCGCCAGCGCUGACCGUCCGAACCUAGCACAAUUCAACGAGGAACUAUAUGGCCGCCACCGCUCUGCGCCCACGUCCCCAACCAACUUUCACGAAAGCGGCGCCCUCGUCCGCCGGGCUACGGACCUCCCUCUGGACCCCUAUCGGUCACAUCGUCCUGCACCCAUGCGGUCUCACUCGACUUCUGAUAUGGAUGCACACAUUGACAUGGAUCUUGCGUAUGGAGAGUUUCAUGCCGAGUCACUUAUGUUGGAUCCCCAAGUGGAACACACGCUCCAGAAGCAAGAAAUGUCUAGCCUUGUUACAAAAUGCAAGCUCCUCAUGGAAGAGGCGAACUGUGCACAGCACAGUGUCAGAGCAAUCAUCGCACAUCUGCAGAAGAACCCAGACGCUAUGGCAGCAGUUGCCCUCACACUGGCCGAGAUCAGCAACUUGGCAAGCAAAAUGGCGCCCGCUGCUCUUGCAGCCUUCAAGACUGGUGCACCAACAGUGUUUGCGAUGCUCGCAGCACCAGAGUUUCUCAUUGCUGUUGGCGUAGGCGUUGGCCUCACCGUGGUAAUGUUCGGUGGCUACAAGAUAAUCAAAAGGAUCAAAGCCCGAAUCGGUGACAAGGAUGAGGAACCAGUGGACGAGAUGCUGGAUGUGCGCGAACUUGACCGUAUCGAGCACUGGAGGCGUGGCAUAGCAGACACCGAAACCGCCAGUGUAGCCACAAGCGUUGAAGGCGAGUUCAUUACUCCUAUGGCAGCUGCGAGCAUGGGCCAUUUGCCACUUCCAAGGGAGAGAAGGGAAGGUAAAGUCAGAGAAAAGAGACGAGGGGAGAGCAGAACGAAGCACGACGUAUUCGACGAUACCGAUCCCGACCGGACUCUGGUCGGGAGCAACAGGUCAAAAUCACGCAAAAGCAGCAAGUCGCAGAAACGUGAAAAAGCGUUGGUGAAAGUCAAGAAGCCAAGCCCAUUGAGGAAGUUCUUCACUAGCAAGGAUGCUGAGGCCUCGUCCAGGCGGUGA